AUGCUCCUAUACGACCAAGCGUCUCAGACAGCCUCUGCUGAGGAAGCCCUACUCACUGCCUUCUCGCGGUGGUGUUUGCCCACCAAAUCGGAUCAUGUACGGGAGGUGUCGCGCAAUUUGUCUCAGCUGUUCAAAGAAGGCCAGUUUUGCGAUGUUACUCUGUCGCUUCACGGCACCGAAUUCCAAUCGAAUCGCAUGCUUCUGGCCGCGUCUAGCGCGUAUUUUCGUGCCCUGUUAGAAUUCGAACCCCAGCUGAUGCAAAAAUCCUGCUUCGAUAUCAGUUCUCCUUAUCUCACCCUAGACGGAUUUUCUUAUCUGAUCCGUUUUAUCAACACCCUAGGACAAGACUGCCCGACAAUUAACCGCGAAGCGUAUGAAUCCGUGUAUGUGGCAGCUAGUUUUCUUCAGGUUACCUCUUUGCAGCGUAUGCUAAGCGAGUUAAUCAGUCAGAAUCUGACUCCUACGAAUGUGCUUGGUGCUGUCAAAUUGGCACACGUAUUUGACGAUCAGGUGCUGUUCCGCAAAUCCAUGUUCUUACUGUUGGAUCAGUUUGAUGAAAUCGAUCCGUUCUCGGAAGAAUUUUUACUCCUUGAUGAGAAACAGUUGGAACACAUCUUGUCCAGUGAUGAGUUAAAUGUGGCGCGAGAAGGUGUUGUGGUCAAAGCUCUACUGGCUUGGGUCUGUCACGAUGUGGAGGCGAGAACGAACUACUUUCGUCGCAUGUUUGUACGACUUUUGCGGUUACCACUGGUUCAAGCUAACGACCUCCGACGCAUUGUCUCAAAUCCGAAAUUCGCAGCCGCACAUGAAGCUCUUAGUUUGUUAAUCUGGGCUUAUCGUACUCUGACUGGGCCGUUUGUUUGCCCUCAGGCACUGCCCGAGCAGGGACCACCGGAUGUGUCCGUAUUGCCGGAGUUCGAUCAUAUCUGUCGACCGCGGAUUGGGACCAAUUUUCGUAUCCAUGCCAUCGGUGGUGUAGAUGAGCUCCUGUUGUUUGGUCCUACUCUCCAACGACGAGAAACUUGUGCGCGAUACAAUCUAGUGGAACGCACUUGGUUCCCAAUGGCCGGACUGGAUGCACCACGCUCCCAUCAUAAGAUUGUCUGCGUGGAGACUUAUGUGUAUGCGUUUGGUGGCUAUCGUUUGAACUGGACCACUGGUUACUCCCCGGCCACGGACUCGAUCCUCGUGUACGAUGCGAUUGCGAAUCGGUGGACUUCGGCUCCGCAUCGUCUACCUUUCACCCCAAUUGAUAUGGGUGUCUGCCUGAUCCCGUCCAAACGUAUGAUCAUGCUCGCCGGUGGGUUGCAUGAACAUGGGGUCGAGUUACGUCCGACAGAUCGUGUUCUGUUGUACGAUCCGGCCGAGGACAGUCAUUCCUGUUUCAUUACAUUACCCAAGCUCCCACUCCCUCUGGCCGGUUUGGCUCUGGUCUAUGACGACGCCGGAGAUCAGGUAUUCGCUUGUGGCGGUCAGACCGAUUCGGCUUUUGCUGGCCGACCAAAUGUGACCGUCGGUAAUCUGUUCGGUCAAAUUCUGGCAUUUGAUUUCGAUUUGGUAAGUAAAAUCAAUUCGAACACCUGGUCGUUCGUUACCGUCCUCGAUUGUCCUCGAUAUCGAGCCUCGGCCGUGUUGCACCGGUCCACUCUGUACGUACUCGGUGGGAUCACAGUGGAUGAGGUGGUGGAACGAACCUCUCAUCUGUUCACCGAGUCCGUGAGCGAGUCCUCAUCCACGUUGUCCGAUUCAUGCACUGACUGGGGGACUAGUUCCCGGCAGAAUCAGGCUUUGAUUCAAUUGGGACAGGUGAAUCCAACGCGACCAAGUCUACUCCAGGCUCCUUUCCACACCUGUCAUGUAACAGAGGCCUGGUCCCUGCGUGAACCAACGCAGACUGGUCUUGCGAAUCGUUCUACUCAUGAUGACAUUGUCACUCACAACUCUGAGGAGGAAGAUGAUAUGUUGAGCACCAGCAUUCCGUCACGUGUUCGGCGUUUACGUUUACAACCAGCUCGUUUCGCAGACGGAUGUCCGGUCCUCCCGCGCUGCUUGUCCAACUAUUGCAUAGCUCCCUAUUUCUCCUAG